CUCUAGGCGUUCUCGAAUGACGUCGAGUGCUGGUACAGUUAAUGAGCCGUAUCGACCAAGCUAGCUUGGGUGAAAUGUCAAAUAUAAGAAAGGCUACCUGCGAAUACAGUCAGAACUCGAGGGGAUCAUCUUUCCCUUCACCUGCUAGUUUUUGAAAAGAACUAAAGGCGGUCUUUACAAAGACAAAAAACACAGGUUUUUUUUUUCUUUUUUUUUGCCUUUUCGCAAGCUCCUCCAUUAUUUCCAUUUCCAUUUUUGAUUGAGUUAGGCACAACCAACCGGCAUGUCUUUAAAAGUCGCACGCGACAAUGAGUCCAUGUCUUCCAAGGAAUCAUGGGACGCUCUAACUUCUCAUGGAUCCGACGAAGAAACCAAGGAGAACAUGCCCCUACUUGUCGAUGAUACCAAUACAACAAAAACCAUCCAUAAAACAUCCUCCAAGGGCGCUAUACCAAAAGAUGCCAGAGACCGGAAGGAAAGACGGUCAGAGCCAAAGCACGCCGUGAAAAGUGAAUCAAGUCGACACGAGAGCAGAGAAGAUGUUCUCGCAGAUUCUGGCAGGACUGCACAGACGGAAAACGGUCUUGAAAACCCCAUGGCAAAUUCCGAAGCGGAACCUCUCUCCAUAAAUGAAACUGCGCAAGGAUGGUUCUUGGAUUAUCCUGAGUGGUUUUUCGACUCAGCUGUCACCCUCCGCGAGGAUAUGCAAGCGCCGGAAAGCCUUGCCCUGUCUAACGAGCCUAGUCGAACCAACAGAAGCUCAUCUCCCAAGUUUGUGUUGGACGGAGAUGUGUACGAGGAAGCUUUGGACAUCGUCUCUAGCCUGAUCAAACCCCCCGUGACUGGUAACUCCAAGAACACACCCGCAUCUUGGUACUCCUCGGCAUCCUUCCUUGUGCAGUCACCCGAGCCAGAUAGCGUCGACUUCAUGAACGCGGUGGUCCGGCGUCUCGCAAAGGACAUUGAUGCCGACCUCCUCGACCUCAGCCCUGGCCCGCUUGAAGACAUCCUGCACUAUUGGUUCCACUCCGUCCAAAACAAUUCCGAUAUAUUCCUUACGCCAGCCGAGUAUCUGAACACCGAGAAAGGCUUCCCUCGUAUGAGCCACUUCAGGCGCGCCUUUGCAGACCGGAUACUCAACACCCUCGACCGCGAGUACAUUGUCGACAGGCUCCUGACGGCACGAUCAUGGAAGCGCAAUGCCCGAGGCCAAGCAUACGAGCCCCGACCGCUCAUCGUCCUCUUGCCCGACGUUACAGCUUACACGGUAAGGUACUGCUUCGAAGCCGAGGAGUUCUUGGGCAUGCUGUACGACGAGGUCAAAAGACGGCGGCAGAACUCCGGGACGCCGACGCUCAUCGUCGGCACAGCGCCGUCGAGCCGCACGCACGAUGAUUUUUUCCCGCAGAGCGACAUGGGUCGCGAAGACAUCAGCCACGUCCACAAGCAGCUGCACCUGGAUCCGUCGCUUGUCAUCGAAGUGUCCCCCCGUCAGGGGUGGUUUAUGCCGCGUCCUCCAGGGGCACGGGUUAACCGGAUCGACUGGUGGAACCGGCUGCGGCUCUCGCUACGCCACGAGCUAAACGCGGACUCUCCCGAAUUCCCGGGCGUGGAUAUGCUCGACCGCGGUGCGCACCCGCCACUGCCAGGCAUCAAGGCCCUCCUCACCCACCCGGCCUGGACCGGCGACAUGACCAUCAAGGCCUUUCGGCAGACUGUCGCCCGCGCCCGGCGGAAGGAGCGGCUUGAUGCCGAAGACAUGCUCGUGGUGCUGGCCCGUGUGGCCAAGAACGAUGCGCCCUUCACUUUUGGCGGCUGGAGGGAAAUGAAGUUUGCUGAGGUGGCCAGGAAGUUCUUUGAGAGCAUUCCAGAUGAGUUGUGGUUUGGGCUAUUAAACGCAGGGCUGUUUGUCCUUCUUUGGGUCUUCGUCUAUCAUCUCAUUUCGCACGUGUUUUAAGCGUUGUGAUCUGCUUUGUUUUUGAAUUAUGCUGCAAGGCGUCAGGCAGAACAGAAGCCAAGUGGCACGACAGCAGCGGGGUCGUUGAAUGAUCUUUAACCGUUUUGAACAUUUGGAAAUAAAUUGCACUAAUGAGCGAGUUUGUACCAGAUGCAUUGGCAAAGAAAACACAAGAAAAAAAGAGAAAGAAAAACACAAAAUGCCGCCAAUAAUGAUCGUUAUGCAGAAAAACAUCAACCACCGAAAUAGAUAUGUAAAUACACAAGAUAUAAAAGAAAGCCCAGUUCGUCCUCCA